CACGUCACAAAGGUUCACGUUGCUAGUUUACUCCAUAUCUAAAAGUAAAGCUAGACCAGUAUAAUGAGUUUAACUAUGUGGCACACCAGCACUGUGAGUUUUAUCGCUUUUUCUUUGAUGGUCUUCAUAUGUAAAGUGCAAUCAGAAAAUUAUUAUGAUCGUGAAGAGAGUGUCAAAAACUGUCCCACUUCAGAAUCCAUCAUUGGUGGCACAGUAGAGUAUUCCAAUAAUGGUGUUGUGGGGAGUCUGCUCGUUUAUCAUUGCAGUGAUGGGUUUGAACCUUAUCCAGUCAGUCAAAAAACCUGCAACUCUAAUGGAGAAUGGGAGCCUAAGGGUUCCAGGAUCAAAUGCGAAGAGAGCAAUGAUUAUGGCGAUUACGAGGAGCCACAGAGGAACUGCUCUUUGGAUGAGUCCAUUAAAGGAGGUAACACAUCCUACUCCAACGCGGGACUAGGGGGAAGCAUUUUAACUUAUCACUGCAAGGCAGGAGAAUACCCUUUUCCCACAUCACAAAGAGUAUGCGAGAAAGACGGGCAGUGGUCGGUACUGAGACUCCCAGGUGGGAAGAGAGUAGUCAACGCUGUGUGCAAAGAGGUCCUUUGCCCUGCACAACUUCAGCUUGAUAAUGGACAGAUCUGGCCCAGGAGACAGUGGUUCAAAGUUGGAGAGCAGCAAACGUUUUCAUGUCAUGAAGGGUUUGAUUUGUUUGGAUCUGCUCAGCGAAACUGCACUCAGUGGGGUGGAUGGACCGGUACUAUACCAGUCUGUGAUGACCACUCUGAAGACUGCAAAAAUCCAGGCUCCCCUCCAGGGACCUUUCGCUCUGGGAAACACUUUCGUAUUGGAGACAGUGUGAGGUAUCAUUGCCAGUUAGGUCUGGAUUUGCUUGGCUCGACUGAGAGACAGUGUUUGGACUCGAGGGAAUGGAGUGGGGUAGAGCCAAGCUGCUAUGCCCAGUAUUCAUAUGAUCCUCCAGCCAUAGUAGCUCAAGUCCUGGGUGGAUCUAUGUCUGCACUUAUGAAUGUUUCUUUACCAGAGUUUAAAAAGAAAGGGCCAUCCUUUGGUAGGAGUCUUAAAGUUGCAGAAGUUCGUCUGAACAUCUUCAUUCUACUGGAUACAUCAGAAAGCAUUACACAGAAAAGUUUUCAGCAAGCAAAAAAUGCCACUAUUAAACUUGUCGAGAAGCUUGACAGCUAUGAAGUCAACAUGAACUUUGGCAUCAUCUCAUUUUCCAGUGAGCCUAAAGACAUCGUAUCCAUCACAGACAUCAACAGUGGCAAUUUGGAUUAUAUCUUGAUGAAAUUAAACGAGUUUAGUCAUGAAAUCCAUGCCGAAAAGAAAGGAACCAAUUUAGCUAAAGCCUUGGAUAGCAUCUACAAUCAUCUUGUGUUGUUUCGAGAGACCAAAAGAAGUCACUUCAAUGAGACUCAGAACAUCAUCAUCAUUGCAACUGAUGGUCACUCUAAUAUGGGACCAAAACCACAAAUCGUUUUAAAUAAGAUCCGGAGUUUGUUGGGCUACAAAUACAGCAAAGAGCACACAAAGGAGGAUCUCCUGGAUGUUUAUGUGUUUGCUGUGGGAGAUAAAAUAAAUAAAGAGGAGCUGAACACCAUUGCCUCUUGCAAGAAACAUGAGAAGCAUAUGUUUGUUCUGAAAACCUAUGACCACUUAGGAUCUGUGUUCAACAACAUGAUCAAUGAUUCUGCUGUGACUAAGUGUGGAGUGGCACAAGAGGAAACUGCUUCAUUUAAAAAGGCUUAUACCAAACCUUGGCAUGUCAAGAUUUUCUAUUUUGGUUCGACUACUAAAACAUGCAGAGGCUCCAUACUGACUGAGAGCUGGGUGUUGACAGCCGCCCAGUGUUUAGUGAGAGUGAAUAAUGAUAAAUCUCUAUCAUUUGCAGAUGCUUCUGAUGUAUUUGUUAGCCAUGGAAAUGGCGAAUGUAAAGCAAUAAAACUAAUUCUCCAUCCACGGUUUGAUUUGAAUGGCCUUAAAGACAAGAAUGUGAAGGAGUUUUAUGACUAUGACAUUGCUCUGGUUAAGCUUAGCAAAAAAAUUACAAUAUCUUUAAAGGCAAGGCCUAUUUGUUUGCCUUGUACUAAAUCUUCAAAUCGAGCUCUCAAAAUGGAUCCUGAUGCCACAUGUGACCAGCACAAGGGACUCCUGUUAAAUCUGGAUGAGACUCCGGCUUACUUCAUCAGACAAGGAACUCACAGAACAAUCACACAAAUACACAGCGGUGCGAAAAGAGAUGCAUGCAUUCAGCAUGCAAAAUUCAUCUAUGAAAACAGCACUGCAUCUCUGGAUGAAGUGAUCACAGACAGAUUCAUUUGCACUGGAGAUUCAGAGACAAACAGAUAUGAAAUGCCCUGUAAAGGGGAUUCUGGAGGAGCUCUCCUCUUACAGAAGAGAACGCGCUUUUUCCAAGUGGGCAUCAUCAGUUGGGGCACUAAACACAUAUGCAACCACAAGACUGAGUGGCAUCCAGAUGCCCGAGACUUUCACAUCAAUGUUUUCUCUCUGAUGCCCUGGCUCAGACAACACCUCGGCAAUGAUCUGGAAUUUCUGAAGGACUGAGUCGACUGAGACAGACACACAGGCAGACAUAAAAGAUUAUAUUGGAUGUUUUUUGAUAGUCCAUAUCAGUAGGAGUAACUUGCAAGGAUGAAAUAUAUCUGACUAUGAAUCAUAGACAGAUUAUAAUGAAUGAUUACUUAAUGAUUGCACAUUUUCUCAUAUUUGUCUUUAUUUGAAGAUUGCCUGUAUUACUCUGUGAUUGCUUUUAAAAUAUGAAUUAGUGAGAUUAAAGUCCUCCAUUUUAUUCCCAAACCUGUGAUAUUUGUCAAAUGCUUACAUAUAAUGACAACAGAUAUGGAUUCACUGGAUUGACUGUAAAGCACUUCUUUCAGAAACUGCAUUAAACUGUUAAUUUCAGA